AUGAUUUUCUUGUCCACUUAUACUCUCUCACUAUUCCUUUUCCUUCUUUUUUUUCUAUCUAUCUCCUUGUACUCUCUCACUAUUCCUUUUCCUUCUUUUUUUUCUAUCUAUCUCCUUGUACUCUCUCACUAUUCCUUUUCCUUCUUUUUUUUCUAUCUAUCUCCUUGUACUCUCUCACUAUUCCUUUUUCUUUUUUUUUCUAUCUAUCUCCUUGUACUCUCUCACUAUUCCUUUUCCUUCUUUUUUUUUUUAUAUAUCUCCUUGUACUCUCUCACUAUUCCUUUUCCUUCUUUUUUUUCUAUCUAUCUCCUUGUACUCUCUCACUAUUCCUUUUCCUUCUUUUUUUUCUAUCUAUCUCCUUGUACUCUCUCACUAUUCCUUUUCCUUCUUUUUUUUCUAUCUAUCUCCUUGUACUCUCUCACUAGUCCUUUUCCUUCUUUUUUUUCUAUCUCCUUGUACUCUCUCACUAUUCCUUUUCCUUCUUUUUUUUAUCUAUCUCCUUGUACUCUCUCAAAAUUCCUUUUCCUUCUUUUUUUUAUCUCUAUCUCCUUGUACUCUCUCACUAUUCCUUUUCCUUCUUUUUUUCUAUCUAUCUCCUUGUACUCUCUCACUAUUCCUUUUCCUUCUUUUUUUUUAUCUAUCUCCUUGUACUCUCUCACUAUUCCUUUUCCUUCUUUUUUUCUAUCUAUCUCCUUGUCUCUCACUAUUCCUUUUCCUUUUUUUUUUUUCUAUCUAUCUCCUUGUACUCUCUCAAAAUUCCUUUUCCUUCUUUUUUUUCUAUCUAUCUCCUUGUACUCUCUCACUAUUCCUUUUCCUUCUUUUUUUUCUAUCUAUCUCCUUUCCUUUUCCUUCUUUUUUUAUCUAUCUCCUUGUACUCUCUCACUCACCUUUUCCUUUUUUUUCUUUUUUUUCUAUCUCCUUGUUUUCUAUCUCCUCUCACUAUUCCUUUUCCUUCUUUUUUUUCUAUCUAUCUCCUUGUACUCUCUCACUAGUCCUUUUCCUUCUUUUUUUUUAUCUAUCUCCUUUGUACUCUCACUAGUCCUUUUCCUUCUUUUUUUCUAUCUAUCUCCUUGUACUCUCUCACUAUCCUUUUCCUUCUUUUUUUUCUAUCUAUCUCCUUGUACUCUCUCACUAGUCCUUUUCCUUCUUUUUUUUUUCUAUCUAUCUCCUUGUACUCUCUCAAAAUUCCUUUUCCUUUUUUUUUUCUAUCUAUCUCCUUGUACUCUCUCACUAUUCCUUUUCCUUCUUUUUUUUUUCUAUCUAUCUCCUUGUACUCUCUCACUAGUCCUUUUCCUUCUUUUUUUUCUAUCUAUCUCCUUGUACUCUCUCACUAGUCCUUUUCCUUCUUUUUUUCUAUCUAUCUCCUUGUACUCUCUCACUAGUCCUUUUCCUUCUUUUUUUCUAUCUAUCUCCUUGUACUCUCUCACUAGUCCUUUUCCUUCUUUUUUUCUAUCUCCUUGUACUCUCUCACUAGUCCUUUUCCUUCUUUUUUUCUAUCUAUCUCCUUGUACUCUCUCACUAGUCCUUUUCCUUCUUUUUUUCUAUCUAUCUCUUUGUACUCUCUCACUAUUCCUUUUCCUUCUUUCUUUUAUCUCUUUUGAAAUCGACGAAGAACGAAGCAGAAAACGAAAAUCGUCUCUCCUUCUUUUUCUUCUUCUGGUCUCCAGGCCCGAAAAUAGCGCCACCUGUCAAUCGUAUCAAGGGAUUCAGACCUAUGACCUCUCUUGGACCAACCAACCGACCUUUCUUCGACCGACUGAUCAACCUCUCUUCGACCGACCAACCUCUCUUCAACUAACUGACUUUUCUUCAACUGACCAACCUCUCUUCAACCGACCGACCGACCUCUCUUCAACCAACCGACCUCUAUUUGAGUGA